AUGGAGGAGCGGAAGGAGCCCCACGGCAGCCGGGACUCGACCGAGGAGGAGAGCAUGUCCCUGUCGCCGAACCUCCCAUCCCCUCCCGUGAUUUUACCCCACCAGGCGGCCCAGCAGGGCCACCGAACCACGAACUUUUUCAUAGACAACAUCCUCCGGCCGGACUUCGGCUGCAGGAAAGAGCCGGGCUACCGCGACCGGAGCCAGACGCCGGGCAGGGAAAAUGUCAACCCGCACGGAGCGAGGCCGCCUCACACCGGCAGCCUCUGCCUGGACUCCAACUGCAGCAGCGACAGCCCCUCUUCGUCGCCCUCCUCUUCCUCGUCCUCCUCGUCGUCGUCGUCCACGUCCUCCUCGCCCUCGUCCAAGCAGAAGUCGUCGAAACCCGGCGAGGCGGCGGGCACCGGCACCGGCAGAUACGCGGACAGCCCCUCGUCGAUAAUGGUCGUGAGCGGUAGCAAUGGAGGCUCUACGCCCACGAAAGAAAGCCAGCCAAUGUUGUGGCCUGCGUGGGUUUACUGUACGCGGUACUCGGACCGGCCCUCAUCUGGCCCGAGGACACGCAAACUGAAAAAGAAGAAGAGCAGCCCCAAGGAGGACAAGCGGCCCCGGACGGCGUUCACCGCCGAGCAGCUGCAGAGACUGAAAACCGAGUUCCAGGCCAACCGGUACAUAACGGAGCAGCGGAGACAGUCCCUGGCGCAGGAACUGAACCUGAACGAGUCCCAGAUCAAAAUCUGGUUCCAGAACAAGCGGGCGAAGAUCAAAAAGGCCACCGGCUACAAGAACGGCCUGGCCCUGCAGCUCAUGGCCCAAGGACUGUACAACCACUCAACGACCACCGUGCAGGAGGACAAGGAGGACAGCGAAUAG